UCAACUCACAACGUGCUCGCAAAGCUCGCAACACUACACAGCGUCUCGAUGAGUCGAUGAGGUUAAGUUACCUCCAGACUAAAAUUCACUGAAGACAUGGUGUACAGGUUGUGUAAAAUUUUGACAUUAGAUUCCAUUUUCAGAGGGGUCUCAUCUGUUUCUCAUCACCAACGUGCAUUGUCUGUAGUAGCAGGUGCUUCUGAGAUAUUACCAGUUGGUGAAAAGCAGAUCAGAAGAUUUCGGACUGUAGAAAGUAACCCAGUGAAACAUGACCACAAUCAUGCUUAUAAGUUCUACACUAUUCCAUUAGAAACUAAGAAGCAGCUGUUUCAGCAUGGGGGUCUUCCAACAUUUUUUGAGCAACAGACACAAACAUUUAUGGAGACUUGCAUCAUGAUUCGGGAUCCAGCUCUGGAGAUUUUGCAUUACUUGAAAACAGCUGAUUAUACACGUCCUGCAAUUAGAUAUGUAAUGUAUGGUGAGAAUGGCUGUGGGAAAUCUCUCACACUUGCACAUAUUCUUCAUUAUGGACUUGCAUCAGGGUUCCUUCUUAUUCAUGUGCCGUGGGUACCAAACUGGAUGAGAGCAUGCAAAGAAGUCUCUAAUUCAGCUACUAGGGAAGGCUGUGUAGACUUAAACUUGGAUGCUGCUGCAUGGUUAGUCCAUUUUAAAUCUCAGAAUGCAGCUAUAUUGAAUACAAUUGAUCUACGCAUGUCAAAGGAGUAUGUGUGGAGUAAGCGUGAAGUGACCAAAGAAGGUGCACCUCUAAUGGAACUGGUGGAACUUGGAAUCAGUCGUGUGAAAUAUGCAUCUGAGUGUGUUAUUGCACUCAUAAAGGAAAUCAAAGCACAUUCCACACAGGGAAGGUGUAAGACUCUGGUCGCAAUUAAUGGAUUCAAUGCCUUCUUUCAUCCCAAGACACGUGUCAUGACUGAAGCCAAAGUUAAAGUUCCCCCAUCAAAGAUUACAUUGACUGAAGCUUUUGUAGAGAUCACAAAGUAUGAUUGGUGUAAUGGUGCUGUUGUUUUAACUGUUGACAAGAGCGGUAUAGCUCCGGACAGGCGUGAGUCAUGCCUCCCAGUGUACCAGCUUGGUAAAGAGGGUUUUGAGCACUUGGACCCAUUUGUGCCGAUUUGUGUACGUGAUUACAAUGAUAAGGAACUGGAAAGUUGUCUCGAUUAUUACAUCGAUCGUCGUUGGCUGCAGAAUGAGAAGAGUUGCACAGAAGAAGGAAGAAAUGAGCUAAAAUUCCUGUGUGGCAUGAAUCCUUAUCGUCUUAUGCAUAUAUGUGCACCUUUAUAAAUUAACGGACUUUCUUACAGUGAUGGAAAUAUGAGGUGCUAUCAGAAAGUUCAAAGACUGGCUUAACUUACUCAAUUUUGACUGCCAGCUCCUUCAAAAUAGUUUAUUGGGAAUGUAUACAGUGAUCCCAUCAUUUUCUCCACACUUCAGAAGCACCAUGGAAGUCAUUUUCUUUAAUGCUGUCGAGUACUGCUUGUGAUUCCCUAUGGAUAUCAGACACUGUUUCAAAAUGUCGUCCCUUCAGUUUCAUUUUCAAUUUGGGAAACAAAGCAAUAUCACAGGAGGCUAAGUCCAGCAAGCAGGGAAGAUGGGGAACAAUAACCAUGUUGUUGUUAGUCACAAAGUCUGUUGUUUUAAGGGAAAUGUGGGUGGGUGCGUUGUCAUGAUGAAGGAGCCAGUUGUGGUUGCGCCAAAGUUCAAAUCUUUUUUGUCACACAUUUUCCCUCAAACGUUUGAAAACGUCACAGUAAAAGUCAGAGUUUACCGUAGUGUUAUGAGGAACAAAUUCAUGGUGAACAAUCCCCUUUAUGUUGAAAAAUCAUUGAGCAUGUUCUUUGUUGAAUUCCAGACCUGCCACACUUUUUUUUCUUGGUGAUUGUGGGCUCUUCCACUGUGACGAUUGUUGCUUUGUUUCUGGAUCAUAACUCUAAAUCCAACUUCCAUCAUCCAUUAUGAUCCAAGAGUUACGAGUAAAAGUGGGGUCCUUGUUAGCGUUCUCUCAUAGCUCAAGACACACUUUUACAUGCUGCUGCUUUUAAUCAUUUGUCGAGAGCCAGUGAACAAACUUUAAGAUCUCCUGGCAGACCCCAUAACUGAUCCCAACAGCAUAUGCAGGCUCAUGGAUUGUUUGAUGAUGGUCUUUGUGGAUGAGUUCUCAAAUCUUUUCAACAUUUUUUGUCAUUUUGCUGGUGCUUGCUCGCCCUGAAUGUUUAUCAUCUUCAACUGACAGCUGACCAGCCUUGAAACAUGAAUGCCAUUCAAAAACCACUAUGUUGCUUAAAGAAAGUUUUCCAAAAGCCUCAUGAAGUAUUUCAAAGGUUUUGAUAGCAGAUUUACUGAUCUUCAUGUGAAACUUGAUGCAGACGCGUUGCA